AAAUGUCUUUUAUAGUUUUAUGGUUGGUAAUAAAAACAGCUCUUUUUAUUUGUGCACCAAGCGAAAGAAAAAUGGGGAGAGGAUGUAUAGGGAUCAGAGCAAGAUUUUUUUGUAGAUCACGACCAAUGUUAUCUUCAAAUCACACAUUAUGGUGAUCUAUGAGAAAUCAAAAAAUAACAGCAAUAAAAAUGACUCGGCUGUACACAAGAUAAUUAAUAUUUUAAUCCUAUUGCAACGACAUAUUUUAAAUCAAUAAGAACAAAUGUGUUAACGUAUAUACAUAUAUAUUUUAUUAAUUAUUUGCAUUAUAGCGCCUCCGUUAGAAAUGACGAAUUUAUGUUAAAGAUGUCGCUACACGGCAGCACAACUCGAAAUUUGGCGCGUAAUAUACCACUUGCCAGCUACCAGCCAGCUAUCGCUUACCGGCUACAAAGUAAAUAGUUUAUCUACGAAAGUCUGUAAAUUGUCUUGACUUGAAAAACAAAUCGCAUAAUUAAACAAGUUAUUUACCAAUAUCGAUAGUAGUAACAUUCAAAAGCAAUAGUAUAACAACAUGUGGAACAAUUUUGACAGUUCGACAAAUGAAGGCGGUUUUAUGGAUACCACCAUCAGCGAGGGAGCUGGAGGUGAUGACAAGGGAAACCUCAAACGAGGGCAGAAUUGUGUUCCUGUAAUGAUUGCACAUGUUCGCAAACACGGCGAGGAAUUGAACAUUUGGGGAAACCCUGUGAAAAUCAUUACUUUAGUUGUCAUUGUCAAUAAGAUUGAAUCUACCAGUACCAAAAUUAGCUUUGAAUUUCAGGAUGAAACAGGUACCUUAAAAGGGUUGAAAUGGUUGGAGGGUGAUAACGUUGAAUAUGAUUGUCCUGUUAAACCUAGAAGCUAUUGCAGAGUUCAUGGUUUAAUACGUGACCAAGCUGGGGAGCCCUAUGUCCUUGUUAUUCAUAUUCAGCCUAUGCAACAUUUGAAUGAACUGUUAGUACAUCUUGCUGAAGUGACACUGAUAACACUCCAAGGCGAAAGCAGUCAAAAUACGCCAGUACAGAAUUCAGUCGCAAUUGACAAUGGAAACUCUGGUUUAAAUCCCCAUCAGCAAAUGGUAUUGGAUAUUAUUCAAAAUGGUGAUCCAGAGUAUGGAGCUGAAAGAAAUGCCAUCAAGAAACAAGUACCUCCAAUCGUUGCACCAAAAGUCGAUGAAAUCUUGGAUUUCUUAUCUUCUGAGGGACAUAUUUACACAACAAAAACGGAUGAUUUUUUUAAAGCUAUUUGAGUUCUGUUAUUAAAUUAUUCUAUUUGUAUUAAAUAUUUUAAUUUAUAUCUAUGUUAGAAUAAGUUGAAAAAUGUAAAAAGAUCUUUUUCUGACAUUUUAUUAACACUGUCAGUUGAAAUCUUAAUAGUUGUCUAUUGAAAAUUGAAAUUUGU